UUUCUGCAGCUAUUAAUCGUCGCGCUAAGCAAUGUGGCGAGUGCAUUAGAAGGGAGAAAAGUGCUGAAUAUACCAGAAAAGAUAAUAGGAGGGGUCAUUGACAUCGUCCAAAAUCACAAGAAUAAGCCGUCUCAGCAGACUGCCUUCCAAGUCCAGGGUCAGCAGCAGGUAUACCAGGGAUACCCGCAGCAGUACGCGCCAUGGAACAAUGGCUACCAACAGCAGGGACAAAACCAAGGGCAGUAUCAAGGACAGUAUGCUAAUUACUACGGCUAUCCCCAGUCCGGGCAAAAUUACGCCGGAAAUUAUUUAAACGGUCAAGGAUACAACAACGGACAGUAUAUAGGACCCCAGUCGCAAUCCCAAGCCCAAAACCAGUACCAAAAUUACCCCGGAAACCAAUACCAAGCUCAGAACCAACAGAAUUCUGGUUUUGAAAGCCAAUACCAGAAUCAGAUGCAAAAUCAGCAAUCUCAAGUUCAAGGGCAGAAUCAGUACCAAAAUCAACAACAGUCUGGACAAUUUGUGAGUCAGAAUCAACAGACUAACGUACAAUAUCCGGGAUCACAGCAAGGAGGUCACCAGCCGAAUUACCCCAGUCAACCUUCUGGAGGGUAUGUUACACCAGUUCAACCAACGGGCUCCUACGGCGGUCAGCAAACAACGCAGUUUGUCAGUCAGCAAACAAGUAACGCAGGGGUCACACAACAGACCUCUCACUUCCAAGGACAGUCUGGAAACCAGAGUGUGGGGCCCGGACCAGGAACAGGACCUCAAAAUGGAAGCUUCCAAAUAUCCUCUGGUCACCAAUCUGGAGGACCCGGUCCGACAUGUGUCUGCCAAGCUUGGACGAAACCUCAACCUGGUGUACAAAAUGACAAUCCGUCACAACGCAACGAUGAAAACGAAAAAAAGCCUGAAUGAUGCUCCU